AUGUGCACGGUUUCUCUCUCAUGCCGCACCUCCCUUCUUGUCAGUUCCGGUCACUGCACACCAUAUGGCCAAGAACUCACGAUUUUUGGCACUCUCAUCACCCCUUGUCCUUUAUUGACUCUUGGCUUCCUACAGACAUCCCUCACGCCCUGUGCCUACGCCGGCACAGUUACUAUCAUCAGCGGGGAGGGGCAGAUGGCCCUGAACGGCUGUUCGUUCUGUGUCGCGACUGGUCGGGUUGGGGAAAAAACCAACAAAAAUAACAAGAAGAAGGCCAACGAGAAGGUGGCGGACAAGGUUACCGAGAAGGUUGAAGUGAUGCAGCUUGGUUGA